UGCAUUCAAGAUUCACAUUCGUGGUGUCAGAUUUCAAUGUCGUUUGCCCAACCAUUAUCCAAGACAGUAGAGUCUUGCGCGUGAUACCCUUCAUCAACCGCGAUCAGCAGCAGUCCGAGGUGUUGAGGACCUGUCGGAUUCAGCGGUUGUCGGGGGUCCGUCCAUGUUCCCAUGUGAACCACAACACAUUGCUGCCGCGCUCGAUCACCGUCUUUCCGCGAAUCUCUUUCCUUUAGACUUUCACACCCAAGCAACUCAAGAUGCCGGACCUCAACACGGUACCGGCCUCGCCGAGACCUGAUCGCCAGUCUCCAGCGCCCCAGGUCCAAACACCGUCCGUGCCAGCGUCGCCCACGCUGAACAUUCUGCCUUCGAACCAGAGCGCCGUGAAUGCCUCUUUGUCAACUGCCCAGUCGCAGCCCUUGGCGCCCUACGAAACCGAAGCUGGGCCUGGACCUCUUCGACAUCCCCGCCCACUCACGGCUGCUGAGCUCCAUAUAGAGUUGGAGAAGGAGCAAGAGGCGGUGGUCAACCGUCUCACGCGUGAGCUGUCCCUGCUACGCGCUGCGCAGAACGAAUCCGUAGCGUCGAACCACUCAUCUACGUCCAAUGCCGCCUCGACGCACGACCAGCCAGCCGAGCCUUCCCUGUUGACGGGCUCGGGCUUCACGAUUCCGACUACGAGACGACACCGGCGAACCUCCUCCUCUGCAUCGCAGCAGCUCUCCUCAUCCUACAACGGUCGAAAUGCCAUGGCCAUGGCGCGGCAAGACAGCAACGCAUCGCGCCGGAGCCGUGGCCCAUCGCCCGCCCCGCCCAUGAGCAGCAGCCUCGAUCCGUCCAGCUACUUUCAACAGCAACGCAUGCCGCCGCCGUCCGCCAUUCCCAUGACGGGCGGGAGCGCCACACCAAUGACAGCGAGUGAAUCACAGCUAAGUCCGGGCAUGGUGCCAGCGACGGCGCGCUACGAGGAGACGCAGUAUCACAAGAACGAGCUCGAGGCCGCCAAGAGGGAGAACGAGAGCCUCAAGCGGAAGAUCAGGGAGCUGGAGAGGACGCUGCAGGAGAGGGCGCGGGCCGAGCGCGGAUCUGGUCACACGAGGAGCGAUAGCGAGAGCACGACGAGGAGCAUGAGUGUGGGCGUGGAUCCGGGCGGUGCCGCCUAUGUCGCGGGGCCGCGUGACCGGGGUAGGAACAAUACGCUGCAGAGUGUCACGAGCGUUGGCGUUGGCGUGCCGGAGGAUGAGGUCAGGGUUGGGGAGAGCGCCUCUAGUGCUGGCGUAGGCAAUGCCAGGGCCAACCCGCGGUGAGGGGGUGCACGGGGCUGUUCAUAGACGAGAAGCAGGCGGGGUUGGGAUUCCUUUUCUUAUUCUUUUUGGCGUCGGAUAUGGAUUUAUUAUGGCAGGCGUUUUUGGGUGGUUGGGGAUAACCAGCCAAGGAGCGUAUUACACAGUCCCUUUGCAGAUUGCUGA